UGAAGUUAGAAAACUAAUUAUUGGCUUGUUUAUGUUUUGUUUUAGUGUGUUGAAAAAAUAAAUCUAAGAUCUAGACUCUAGAUUAGUCUAGAUCUAUGUCUAGAAUCUAGUAUAGAAUAAUACUUAGAUCUAGAUACAGUAGAGUCUAGUUAAUUGGUGUGAAUAUGGUCACAGUUCCAGAUGUAAUCCCCCAAGCUGACAUGUGUACAUAUACAGCCUGUUAUUGUGAAGAAAAUGUGUGGAAGUUGUGUGAAAUGGUCAAAGAGAGGUGCACUGAAUGUGAGCUCAUGAAAUGUUUUUGUGUAUUCAUUUCCAACUCUGCUAAGAAGGUUCCUUUAUGGCAUCAGAAAGCAAGUCGAAAUCCAGAAAGACUUGUUGUUUGGGAUUACCAUGUUAUCUUCAUGUAUUAUGACACUGAUACAUCACUUGUAUAUGAUCUAGAUACAGAACUUGGGUUUCCUUGCACAUUAAAGGAAUAUGUUUCUGCUUGUAUUGGGGAUGAGAGAACUUUGAAAAAACAAUUUUGGAGAAUGUUUAGAGUAAUCCCUGCUCUAGAGUAUCUUUCAACUUUUGCUUCUGACCGCUCACAUAUGCUGAAUGACGAAAAAGAAUGGUUAGCUACACCUCCGAAAUAUCCACCCAUCAAAUGUCUAGGUGUUGACAAUAACAUCAGUGAAUUUAUUUCAAUGGAUCAAAGCACAAAUCAUGGUGAUGUUUUCAAUCUGCAACAAUUCCUAAGCAGAUUUCAGUUGUGAUAUUCAGUGGACAACAUUGGAUUAAUAAGAUUGUCAAUUCAGUCUCAUUGGAUUCCGAAACAGCUUUUUAAAGUUAAAAUUUAUUUUAUUCAUUUUGUGAUAAUAUUGAUGUUUGAUUUGCAAAGGAUCAUUUUCUCAAUUCUUUUUUAACUUUUCAAUAUUAGAAUAUUUUACAUAAGAGAAUUUGUGAAUAUUUAUAUACUAAUACACUCUUUUUUUAUAUUAAAAAAAACAAACUUUUUAAAAA